GUAGACUGGCUUGACCUGGGAUUAACCAAGGGAUGGUGACAAGGAUAAAGAUGAGUGGUGCUGAAGACUUCUCCACAACAGAGACCAGCUCCUUGCAUCUGAGAAGAGGACAACAAGAUAAUGCCACCGGGCCCCAUUUUGCAACAUAUCAUGAAGGUUCCAUUCAAGUUCCCAUCCCAUGUGCUGUAGUGAACGUGGUCUUCAUCACCAUUCUAAUCAUAGCUCUCAUUGCUUUAUCAGUGGGCCAGUACAACUGUCCGGGCCAGUACAACUCUCCAGGCCAGUAUAUGUCUUCAGUGCCACCAAACACCCAUGUUUCUUCAUGCUUAGAUGAUUGGAUCAGAUACCAGAGGAAAUGCUAUCUUAUUUCCAAUAAAACAAAGAACUGGACCUUGGCCCAAAACUUUUGCUCUGAACACAGUGCCACUAUUGCUGUCAUUGAUUCUGAAGAAGACAUGAUCUUUUUAAAACAAUAUGUGGGUAGAACUGAACACUGGUUUGGGCUGAAAAAUGAAGCUGGCCAGACGUGGGAAUGGUCAAAUGGCAAAGAAUUUAAUAACAGGUUCAACCUUACAGCAUCUGGAAACUGUGCAUUUCUGAACAGUACAGAAUGUGAGAAGAAUUUACAUUGGGUAUGUAGCAAACGCUCCAAAUAA